UCCAAGGGUUGAUCAACCUCUGGAACUACUACCUCUUCAAUCUCUGAAAGAAGAGAGCAUUGCAGAGCACUAGUUGCAGUUUGAGAAAUGGAGAACCAAGUUGCAGGACGGGUCAUUGGAAUCCCAAUCAGCUGCCCAAAUGAGAAUACCUCUUCUUCAAAUCCAUCUCUGGCAUUAACUCAUAAUAAAGUAGAUAGGAUGAAGCAUAUGAUGAACAAAGAUGAGAAAAAGGCCAAUAAUAUUGUGCAUAGAAUCAGAGAACAUGUAAGACUGGCACCUAGGAUCUUUGAAACUGUGAAGGGGAAGCUCAGCUUGGGGGCUAGGAUUCUCCAACAAGGAGGCAUGAAGAGAAUUUUCAAGCAACUUUUUGGUGUUAGGGAAGGAGAGAAGCUGUUGAAGGCUUCUCAAUGCUAUUUAUCAACAACAGCAGGCCCCAUAGCAGGCCUCCUCUUUCUCUCUACUCAAAGGGUUGCCUUUUGCAGUGAGAGAUCCAUCAAAUGCUCUUCUCCAAAUGGGGAAUUGAUUAGAUUCCAUUACAAGGUCUCAAUCCCACUGGGAAAGAUAGAGAGAGUAGACCAAAGAGUGAAUACGACAAAUCAAUCUCAGAAGUAUAUGGAAAUAGUCACUGUGGACAAUUUUGAGUUCUGGUUUAUGGGGUUCUUGAAUUAUCAGAAAGCUAUCAUCUGUCUCCACCAGGCACUCUCUCAAUCUUGAUUCUUGAAUGAGUUACAAAUCAACCCAGAAAUGAGUCAAGCAGAAACAUUUUUGUAUGGACUUGAUUCAAGGAGAAAUGUUUUUUCCCCUCUGCUUCGUCCAAUGUAUUUACAUGAAGCAAAAGCAAAAAGGCUUCUCCGCACAGCCAAAAACUCUGUAUAAAAUUUUGUUAAUGAGAAAUUGAUCAAACAACUUUGUAUAAGA